UAUAUAUAUAGAUGGGAUCACCUGCAUUAUUUAUGAUAUCAACUAAUUGUUUGAAAGCAGCAGCCAAAUAUUUGAUCUUAGAUAAAACUGUUCUCGUUCUAUUUUCCGCUCUAUUUGCUUAAUUCCGAUUCUUUCUGUCUGUCUGUCUAUUUAUUUUUGUUUUCGGGCGAGUUAAGUUAUUAAACCUGUAUGCAAUUGGAAAUGUCGCCCAUUCCAAAAACGAAAUGCAUCCAGAACGGAAAGAGGACGAGAACACACCGCGUUUCCUCUACUUCUGCGUGGCGACCAUAAACCUGGCGUCGUUCACCUGCGGAACGGCGUUCGCUUGGUCCUCGCCAUCGAUCCCCCGUCUUCACGAGGAGCUGCUGCAUCCUCCGGACACGACAGAGGAAUCGCUGAUCGCCUCUCUACUCGCCGUCGGCUCGAUUUUCAGCCCGUUCCUUGCCUUCAUCUCCGACGUGAUAGGAAGAAAGAAAGCGGUCAUCCUCGCAACAGUUCCCAUCUACUCGAGCUUCCUGCUGAUCGCGUUCGGGACGCAACUGUGGUGUUUCUUUCUUGCGCGAUUCCUAUCCGGCUUCUCGAUCGGCUGGUACUUCGUGAUCAUCCCCAAUUACGUGGCCGAGAUCUCCGAGAAGCACAACCGCGGACGGAUGAGCUGCUUCCUGGUGCUGAACAUCACCUUGGGCAACUUGCUGAUCUACUGCAUGGGACCGUACCUGUCCUUGCUCGUAUCCAGCUUCAUCUGCCUCAUAGCCCCAACCCUGCUGAUCUGCUUGAUGCUCAAAUACGUCCCGGAGAGUCCCUACUAUCUGAUGACGGUGGAUCGAAAACUGGAAGCGGAAGAGUCGUUGCGGAAGCUGCGCGGCCUCAGCGACGUGCUGCAGGAAUCCGAAGACAUCCAGAGGGGAAUCAAGGCGACGUCGCAAUCCCGAAUGACCGAUCUCUUCCACAAACGGAGUUUAAUCAAGUGCUUGUUAAUAACCAUCGGUUUGGUGACUUUCCAGCAGUUCUCCGGCGUCAACGCCAUCCUCUUCUACCUGCAAACUGUAUUCCUCGAGACCGGAAGCGAACUUGAACCGGAAAUAUCUUCCAUCGUCGUCGCCGUCGUGCAAUUCACCAGUUCCACCAUAACGCCGUUCCUCGUCGAUCGUCUCGGUAGGAAAUUCCUGCUCUACGUCUCCGGCAUCGGAACGCUCAUAUCUCUGAUAACGCUCGGCCUAUUCUUCUACCUGAAAUCCAACAAUUAUUCAGUGGAAUCGCUCAGUCUGAUGCCCAUCCUCUCGCUGAUGUUCUUCAUAUUCUCUUACACUGUCGGUUUCGGUCCGAUGCCGUUCACCAUCCUCGGAGAAAUCUUCCCGCAAAACGUUAAAUCCGCCGCGUCCACUUUAACCGUCAGCAUCUCUUCGUGCUUCACCUUCAUCACGACCCUCUUCUUUCCCUAUCUCCUGCAGCUCGUCGGUUUCGGCAUCUCCAUGUGGCUCUUCGCCGCAUUCUGCCUCGUCAGUUUAUUCUUCACGUACUUUUUCGUGCCUGAAACGAAAGGCAAGAGUUUACAAGAAAUCCAGAAAAUGCUCAACCUGUGAACCUAUUUAUAUAAUACAAUCUUUCGCAACAAUCCCACUUACUGUUAGUUAGAUUAAAUUUUUUUGUUGCAUC